CGAGCGCUGUCCCCGGUGACGGUGACAAUUGUGUGUGUUCUUGUUUGUCGAAGUGUUACAACCAAUUUUUGAUUGCCAGGGGUGAAGUUAUUUUCUGGGGAUAUGACGGACGAGAGGAACUUCAGGUCCUCGUACUAUGAAAAGGUCGGUUUCAGAAGUGUUGAAGAGAAAAAAUCCUUGGAGAUACUCUUGAAGGAGAGGCCCUUUGAUACCGCCAAGUUGAAGCACUUCUGCCUGAGAUUUACGGUCCCGAUGAUUCACAGAAAUUUCCUCUGGAAGAUUCUCUUUGGAAUUACUCCAAUUUAUUCAGAGAGUCGAGAGUUCGUGGCUCUCCAGAGGAGGGUUGAGUUCCAGGAUUUGAGGAGAGCUCUUAAGGUCACGAAGAUUGUUGAUGAGACGACCAAGCCUCACAGAAUUUUUUUGAUGAUGUGGCUAUUGAGAACGAGACGAGCGAAAAUCGACAUGGGAGCACAACUGGAGUCUCCUCUUGUUAGAGCGAUGAAUAAAAUGGCAGAGAGCCUCUGGCAUAUCAUGGAGGGUGACCAUGAGUACGAGAAGAUGGUGGACAUGUAUUGGAUUUUGGCUGGAUUCUUGGAUCAUGUGCAGAAGUUUCACAAGGACGUGGGCAAACUUUUAGAAUGCACCUUGCAAUUGUUGGAAAGAGAGGACCCGACUCUUUACAAACACCUGGGUAAAUUCGAGGGACUGAAUAAUAUCCCUCUGGAUGACUGGUUCUGCUCUUGCUUCGCUGGAAUCAUCAGUGAUGGAUCGAUACCAAAAAUUUGGGAUAAAGUUGCUGUUGGUGCAUACAAAAUUCUAGUUUUUGUGGCUAUUGUCAUUCUCACGACUUUUAGAAGAGUUUUGCUACAGUGUGAUAGCAUCGACGGCAUUCUAGAUGCAAUAUCUCAUAUAAACGAAGAAACUUCUGAGUUGAUUGUCAACAAAGCUAUUGAAUUGUGGCAACAGAGUGGGUCGAUACUAGUGACAAUGUCUCCAAAUAUCGUCAACGUGAUAAAUGCAUAAGUCUGAUCUCUAUAUUUUUUAUAAAUUUAGUAUUUGAACCAUGAAUAAAUGUAAAUAAGGAUGUCUGUAAGGCUGGAUAAUUAUUAACGGGCAAAACGUUCUUUCCUUUAUCUUAAAAAUAAUUUAUUUCUACUGUUGCAAUCAUAAAUCGUACAUGUACAUUUUUUCACUCGAUUGACAAUAUCAAUUCUCCAUCAUCAAAUCAAGUUCUAAACCUUAAACUAGGCAUAAUCUUGAUCGCAACGUCACAUUCGUAAAUAUUAAAUUCAUGAUGUUUUUUUUUGUUAUUACAGUACAGCUGCGUAAUUGCUCUUUCCUUUAACAAAUUUAAAAGUGACAACUUGCAAAAUGUGAUCUCUCUACAAAUGAAAAAGACACGUUCCUCAUUUUCAACACGGGCUUUUGAUAUUACCUAAGUUAACCAUAGCACUCGACUCAAAGAUCUCUCCAUACAUGACUCAUUUCUCUCAUUUUCCUAUCGUUACUAUUAAGCUAAUUAUUAUUUUUUUCCCCUCUGAAAUUCACAGGAAACAGGUUUAAGCAAUUGACGCAAGUUUUAGCCAGCAGGAGAGCUCCUCGAGCGUGCCAGGGGAUAUUUAAAUUGUUGUCUUUAGGUUUAAUGCACUUCUGAAAUUCUUUUGUCAGUACAAAUGUCCCAAACAUAUUUUUUUUCACUUUUCAUUGCCUUCUAGUAAACUUAAUCGAUCUUUGGCUUGGGGAACUUUCGCGUUUCUCGCUUCGUCACUGCACGAGAAGAAAAGGAUAGACUAAUCAGAGAUAAUUGUUUAGGUCUUUGUUGCUAGGAAUGUAAUAUAUGGUACAAAAAUAAUAAAUGAUUGAUAUUAUUUUUUUUUGUCGUUGCUCUCGCAGUUCAUUGUAGAGAGAUAUAAUUGUUUUGAUUGUAGAAAUUAUUUAUUUUCACGUUAACGACUGUAUUAAAUUUGUUUUCUCCCCAAUAAGUCCAUUUCAACAAUGUCAUAAUGAUGAAAUUACCGUAAUAAUUUCAUAAUUACUGAUAUGAGGAAAUUUGACAAAAGUUUUACCACUUGGCUACUGCGAGUUGAACAAAAAAAAUGGAGAAAAAAAAA